GGUGUUGUUGCUGCUGCUGCUGCUACUGCUCUCAAGUCCAAUAAAAUCUGCUUGUACAAUUAAUUGCAAUGCCAUCACGUUUGGGACCACGUUCAGCUUCUGUAGUAGUGCAGCAAAUACCACGACAGGCCAAGAAAGUCUCAGUGCCUAUAGUACCCGAUAUGAAUACUCAGAAAUAUGGAACAUGUCAGACGAAUAUUAUUGAAGCUGUGGCGACAACGGACUCGUACGGGUCUGAACGUUCUGUUGUACUGCAGCAAAGGAAUGGCUCAUUGGAAAGCGGAAAAUAUGAUAAAAGCUUGUGCUUCAAUGACGAUUCGUAUUGUGUGCAUUCGGUGUUCAAGAGCAGAAAAGAUUGUCUUAUGAACAUGGAAAAAGAAUGUCAGGAGAAUUUGAUUACUGUAUCACCUUCCUCAUCGGUUUCUUUGAAACAACGAUUCCAUUAUAUCAAUAGACAGAAUUCUGACAAUUUGUCGUGUAAUGGAUGCCAUCGGAAUUCUGCCGAUUUUAACUCAAGUCAUGGCAGUCAUGGCAGUUCUUCUGGUUUCGAAAGUAUGAAGAGUGGUUCCUCGUAUGUUUGUUCAGCAGGUGGUAUUCAAGGUGCUAUUGGUAGUAAUUCUUCAUUUUUAAGAACUUCAUCCACUGUAUCUGGAUCAUCAUCGGGUUUGCUAGCGCACAAUUCCCAAUCGCGUCUUUCAAUGCAGAGCAGUAGUAGUGGUGAUGCUUCUUUGAUCACAAAUAAUAUGUCGAAUGUGUUUGACAAUUCAGGAGCUGAAUACGUUCGUAGAGAUAAUUUAGGGGAUAUUUCUAGAUUAUCCUUCUCUGACAUGAUGCUCAAAGGAAUGUCGGAAGCAGAAAUUUUGGCGCAGUGGUUGGGUAGUUUGGGAUACCCGGAAUAUUUAAGAGCAUUCUUAACUCAAGGUUACGAUCUUUCGACGAUCGCUCGGAUAACAUCUGAAGAUUUGACAGCAUUAGGAAUAACCCAUCCAAUUCAUCGGAAACUUCUCAUUUCUGAAAUUCAUACGUGGCGGAUAACUGAUACUUGGCCAACACUUAUACCAUCGGGAGAGUUAAGAGAGUGGCUUCCAUUAAUUGGCCUUCCUGAGUAUGUUACUUUAUUCGAGAAACAAGGAUACUGUAGAAUUGGUGAAAUCCAGAAUUUUACAUGGGAAGAUUUCGAAGAUAUCGGUAUCAAGAAGUUAGGGCAUUUAAAACGUCUUGGUCUUGCUAUCAAGAAAAUAAAGGCCCAUGAAUUUGGUCGAAUUCAACCGAAUGGUGGUUCGCAGCGACUCGGAUUUGUUGCAGUACAUCAUAACAAAAUAGAUUCUCAGGCAGUUUAUAAUGGUUUGCGCUCACACCUGACACCACCACCUCCUGCUCCGACAUCAACUUUCCACCCAGCCAGCUUAAGCAACUUAUGUGAAAAUUAUUAUAUUAUCGGGAAGCAACAUUCACACCUUCGUAAGGUCUUUCCUCCUGAAUCGCACGCACAAAAACAAGUCGUUCAGGUGUGUCCUCACUAUCAGUCAACUGCAGCGAACGAAACGGGUCCAUAUCAUUUGCAAAGAUUUGAUGGACAGUCGCUAGAAUCUGGCUUGAAUAAGCAAGAAACAGGUUCACUGCAGAUGAAUCUGUGUUCUUUUUCUCGAAUUCUUCCCGUUGAAAGCCUCCAGAAACAUUCCGCCAUCCAGCAACAAUUAUUCGUGCUCCCGGCUAAGAUUUUAAGCACCGCUGAAAAUUCGACUAGUUCUGAUUCAGAAGACUAUCCACCUCCUCCUGCACCCUUAGCAUGUGAAGGGUCCAUUCAGCUUUUGAGGGCGUUUCAUGAAUCGGCAAUGGCAGCGACAGCUGUAUCAGGGACAGCAGAUGGUAGUAAUUUUGAAAAGCAGUAUAAUGAGAGUACUUCUUUCUCCGCAAACGAUCAAUCUUCACUUGCAAAAGAUAACUGUGGUACAAUAAAAGGUCGCGUUGGCUUACCGUUAAGGCAGAAAUGUUGCGAAACAUCGACAAAUACCAGUUUUUCACAGCCGAAAGUGCCACGUCGCAGUUAUUCAACAUCAGCGAAUAAUGAUGAUGUACUGAACGGUAUUGGUUGUAUGCUGCAGAAUUUAACGGAUGAGUUGGAUGCUAUGCUGUUACCUUCGAAGUCUCUCCGACAUUCUUAUGGUGGACAAGUUCCUUUCUAAUAGCAUAACAUUUGAUAAACAUGAACAUUCUCCUUGUUUUCCUGAUUAUGGGAUUAAUAUUGUAUAAAUAAUUCGGGAUAAACCUCUGAAUAAAGGCUUGGGAAAUAUCCACUUCCUUAUUGUUUACUGCCUUUUUUACUGACGAUGUAUUUGUGAUCAGGAUCAUCGCAUGUUGGACGUAUUACGUAGAACAGUGUUUUUAUAGCUAUUAUUUCAAUAACUAGGUUAUUUCUUUGUGCGUGAACCAAUAUAUUCUGAAAGUCCCAG